AUGGCAGAACCAUUGGGCAGUUAUUUGCUGAUCUCUCUGCCGAAAACGCAAAACCUACUCCACGAUGAGACGCAGGAUUGGCUGGAGACUAACGUGAAUGGAGGAAAAGUUUCAGUCACCAACGUUGACGUUCCUGAGUUCAAGAUUGGCACCCUAGACACCUUGAUGCAACAGACGGAGGAAAUCUCCAAGUUGGACAAUCAGUUGAACCAGGCUGUUAACAAGGUGUUAGAAAUCAUACAGACUGUCUUUGACAAAAACCCAGCGUUUGUGGAACAGGCUAAACAAGUAGAGGGUCGUUCUGUCAUUGACUAUCUUGAAAAUUUCAAAUGGAACACAUCAAAGUAUAGAACCGACCGUUCAAUUCGCCAGUUAAUUGACACCAUAUCUUUGGAUGGAUUGAAUCUAGACAAUGACGUGAAAGCUACAUUUCAAAACUAUAACUCUGCAAAGUCCAACUUGGCCGCUGCAGAGCGCAAACGAACUGGAGAUUUGACGGUAAAGUCGUUGCAUGAUAUUGUUGAUGAGACUGAUUUUGUUCUAGACUCUGAUCAUUUGCAGACAAUUCUGUUAGUCAUUCCAAAGAAUUUGGUGCAGUCUUUCCUCAAUACCUACGAGACUGUGGUACCAUUUGUGGUUCCCAGAAGUGCUAAAAGAAUUACUGCUGAUUCAGAGUUUGUGCUGUAUAGUGUCAUCUUAUUCAAGAAGUACGUGCCCGAAUUCUUGGCUGCAGCUAGAGAGAACAAGUGGAUUACUCGUGAGUUUAACUAUGAUGAGGAGUCAAUUAAACUGCUGAGAAAUGAGUACAACGAUGCCAGCACACAGGAGCAUUCAUUGAGGAACGAUCUGAUAAGAUUGGUUAAGGCUGCUUAUGCGGAUAUAGUCAGUUCGUGGUUACACAUCAAAAUAUUGAGAACUUUCAUCGAGUCAGUUUUGCGUUACGGAAUCCCUCCAGAUUUUUCAUAUUUCCUGUUAAAAUUACCCCACAAAGCCAUUGAGAAAGGUAAAUCCCAGUUGGUAGAGAAGUUUGGUUAUUUGGGAGGGGCUGCCGUCGGGGUUGACCGUCGUGGUAAAAUUGUCAAAGAUUCUCUACAUGAAUAUGCCAGUCUGGUGGAUACCGACUAUCAACCAUUUGUGCUAUAUGAGCUGGAGAUUAACUAG